AUGGCAUUGAUCCAACGCAAUACCCAGGAACGUGAUCUCGCCUUCUUAAAAAUCCAGCAAGCGAUUCGAGAGGAUGACCUGUGGACGGCUGCUUGGUUUAUGUCCAAGUUUCUCAAGACACCGCACACCCUAUCAGCUAGCAAAAGGCAUUUGUUGCAACAAGAAUAUAGUCACCGAAUGAACCGUGUUCGAGACGCCGCAAAUCUGCUUGAAGAACUUGCGUGUAAACAUGCCAAGGAGGACCACAACGACUGGCUUGAGAAUGGAACUACAUUUACGACGGUUGAAGAAUCGAGCUUCAGGAAAAACGGAGAAAGAACGAUUGAUCGCCUGCUUGACGACAUCCGUGCCUAUAGUCGAUCCGCCGGUUACUUGCGCGCAAUCAUCAACAUGGAGGCCAGGCUGACCUCUGCAAAGGAUGGGGAGGUAUUUGAACUGGAGGCGAUGGGGCCAAGCCCUGGCGUGAAGAAUCUUGAAAAGUUGAAGAAAAUACCCACUGAUUUAGUUUUCCGGACCAGUUUGGAUAUGUCGGAGCUUGACUGGGAAGUCAUCCGUCCCGAAGAGGUUUGUCAAGGGGAUUAUCAGGGUCGGCAAUGGACGACACCGAAUAAUUGA